AAAUAGUCUGGUGGAAAUGUAAUGAAGGUGUUUACAUGUGUAAAAAUUACGCAUACGCAAUGGUAGCCACGCUCCAAUGAACAAACAAUAUGCAAAGCAAAACCACAACGAUGAUGAUGAGCAAUUGAUGCGUAAUGGUGAACGAUUAGACGACAUUUAAAAUCGUUUUGUACUCUUAAUUAUGUUUAUUAUACAGUCCAAUGGCAUGGUGCAUAUAUAAAAGAGCCAACGCUGUGAAUUUUCGCAAACAGUAUUCACGAGAAUUUCAGAGGGAUUAAGCACGAAUAAUAUUUUAGAAAAUAUGUCGCAUCAACAAAUAACCGUCAGUCGCAGUUUUUGGCUAUACGUGGCUUUGGUAGCGGCGCUGUUACAGUGCAAACUGGUUUGCUCUCAAUACAGUGGAUAUCCGUACUAUGGAAUAGGAGGAAGCGCAUCGGCUGGCUCGGCUUAUGGCAUGUUUGGCAAUGGCUACGGAUAUGGAUAUGGCUAUCCGCCGUACUAUUCGUAUCCCGGCUAUGGAUACACAUACCCUGGCUACGGCUAUGGAGGUGGAUCCCUAGGCGGAGGCGGUGCAUAUGGUUAUCCAACUUAUGGUUAUCCGACCUAUAACUAUGGUGGUUAUCCUUAUGCAGGCACGAUGUUUUGGACUUGUUUUUUAUUAUAGACACGGCUUUUGCAAGUAGCAGUGGAGGAUUCGCCAGCGCAAGUGUUGGGAGCGGAGGUGGCUUUUACGGCUAAGACAAAAGCACUGAACAAAUAUUUAAGCUAAUAAUUAGUCACAAUGUGUACAUAUUGAAUAAGUAUUGUACUUUAGUGGA